CAACCAACAGUUGGACUCGUUCAUGAUUUCCUAUUUCCUAUUUAAUUUCCUAUUUUAAAGUUCGGCAGGCCGAACUUUCCAGCUUCGUCUGUACUUCGGAACCAAACGAUUCGGGAUCUUGUUCCGUCGGAAGGUAUUUACAGACCCACAUAAUACCGCCGUUUCCUUGACAACGAGAUUUGCUUGUUAAUCCCAAACGGCCCACAGACAGAUUUGUUCAGGAACUGGACCGGUUCGGAUGGAGGAGGAACUGUUCGCUCCGUCAUGCUCCUCGCCAGAAGAGGCGGCUUUCGACGUGGUGAUCGGUUGCAUCCUGGAGAUCAUCAUGGAGGAGGACUUCCAACUGGUCCAGCGCAGCUUCUUGGAUCGGCACUACCUGGAGUUCGAAGAGUCUGAUGAGAACAAGCUGAGCUACACGCUGAUCUUCAACGAAUACGUGGAGCUGCUGGAGAAACCUCUGGAGGAAUGUCUGAUGAAGAAGAUCCCUGGAUUCAACAUGGCCAGUUUCACACAACUGCUGAUGCAGCACAAAGAAGAAGUCCCAGACGAGAUGUUUGACAUGCUGCUCACUUUCAUCGACUUCAUGGCCUUCAAGGAAAUGUUGGUCGAGUACCGAGCAGCGAAAGAGGGUCGAGGUUUGGACCCAAGUCAGGAUCUGCUGGUGACUUCCCUAAACCCGGCAGCUUCUGCUGGACACCAGUAGAACCACCAGAACCACCUCAGCCCUCAUACUGGACCCGCCUGACAGAAACUCUGACCUGAUUCAAGACAAGAACUCCCUGAGUGAUGAAUGGAUGAAUGGAUGGAUGAAUGGAUGAACUGUGUUUAAUCUAAGUUCUUGUUUCGUCUGAAUUUAAUGAAACUGAAUAAUUUUCUCUUCCUUCACUGAAGGUCGUCAUAAUGAUUUUAAUGUUUGUGAAUAAAUUGUCUUUGAUUGUCA